AUGAGUUCAACUUAUUCAACGUUUAUAAGCUCAAUUGGAGCUAUUGAGACAGGUAUUUUGGGAACUUUGGCAGGAGGACCUUCGUAUUUUCUUCCGUUUGCAGUAUUUGGAUACUUUAAAACGCGGGGAGAUGUUAACGCAGCAACGAAUAGAAUGAUGGAAAUUGCAGAUUCUUCAAGGAAUCCAAGAAAAAAUUUUGCUAGGAGUGUUAAGUUAAGAAGUGCUCAAGACUUUUCAGGCCAACAAAAUAGCUAUUUUUGGAUAUUGACAAUUUUAGCUGUUGCAUUUGGUAUCAUUGCAAUUAGUCUUCUUUCAUGUUUGGUUGGUGUAACUCCAGAUGAAGAUUAUAAAGAGUCUAAGAAAAGAAGAAGAAAGCUUUUAGAGGACCCUAAGAUAACACCAGAGGAGUUUGCAAUUACAAUGGCCAAUUGUACUCCCAACGAAUAUAAAUAUAGGGAGUGGAAUGGGAUGCAGAGGUUGAGAUAA